AUGGCUUCUAAACACUUCAUUCUCUUUGUAUUAGUAGUAUUUCUCUUUUCUUUCGAGGUCAACUCGGCCAUGGUUGGAGGAUGGAAACCUACCAGUGACCUUAAGGACUCGAAAAUUGUGGAGAUCGGGAAGUACGCGAUAUCAGAACACAACAAUAAGGCCAAUACAACUCUUGAGUUCAAUAGCGUGGUGAAGGGAGACACUCAAGUGGUAACCGGUACCAAUUAUCGUCUCGUGAUUGCUGCGAAGGAUGGAGGCGAAGUUGGGAACUAUCUAGCCAUUGUUUGGGACAAACCAUGGGAGAAAUUUCGAGAACUCACUUCCUUUAGAAAUUUUUUAACUAAUUAG